AUGGACAAGAAUUAUCUCCUUGAUAUGCAACGAGCUGGGUUCGAUAUACCCACGACCAAAAUCAUCGAUGCAGAGCAAUUUUCGUCCGCGUCUGUGCUGCAACAACGAAUACAGAUGUUUCAAUCAUCCGGCUCUAUUGUGCUCAAACCGUCUAUCUCUGCGUCCUCCAACAAUACCCGACUCAUUUCAGAUAUCUCAGCACUAUCAAAUGACGAUACCGCAUAUCUAGAUUCAUGCACGAAGGGCGAUCUACAAAGCUCGUUAGUCAUACAACGAUUCGAACCGGCCAUCGCCACAGGCGAAUAUUCCUUUGUUUUCAUCGGGGAACACCUUUCUCACGUUUUUUUGAAAGUCCCUAAAAGCGGUGAAUUCCGCUGCCAGCCUCAAUUCGGUGGCAUGAUUAGUCCUAAAACUAUCGAUGCAAUCGAGGAGAGAACAUUAUCAAUGGUGAAUGCUAUUUUCGACACCCUUAGAAUGUGGUUCGGGAAGGGAUCAACGGGUGAGAUGGGGUAUGUGCGUAUCGAUGGUUUGGUGACCGACGAAAGCGCCUUCAUCUUGAUGGAGAUUGAGGCCAUUGAGCCUUGCCUUUAUCUCGAAAUGGAGGGCCUUCAAGACAUGCUUUCUCUCUUGUUGAAAUAG